AUGUGGUCGCUACGCUUCAUUUCUGCUCAGGCCCUGGUGUCGCAGCCCCGGGUGGCCCGGCAGAGCCUGGAGGGUGUGGCCCACAACCUCUACCCGCUCCUGUUCAAAGCCAGCUACCUGCUGGAGCAGGCAGAGGUGAUCCGCGUUCUGCUGGAGUGCUGGCCGCUGGAGGAGUGCCGGCUGGGCGCCCUGCUGGGGCCGAGCACAGACCACCCUGACGACCUACGGGACCGGGCCUGCAGGGCCUGCCUGGAGGCCUGUGUGCGGGGCCUUGCGGACCACGUGCUCCGGGAUGGGGGCCAGCGGCGACUGCGGGUGGCCGACCUCACAGGCGUCCGAGAUGUGCAGGUGCAGCGGUGCCCCUGCGGGAGGGCGCUGGGCAGGUGGGGCCGCACCGAGCUGCUGGCCAGGACCUGCUGUGAGCUGCAGGCAGAGCCCCGUGGGGCCCGGCACCCCAUCGAGGUCCUCACAGACCUCUUUGUCACCAAGGGCAACUUCGAGGUGGUGGUGCGGGCCCUGGGCCCACCGCGGCCCGCCCCACUGCGAGUGCACUGCCUCUCCUUCCGGGCGGACAGCCUGGGCCCCAGCCAGCUCCUGCACGUGCUGCGUCUGGCUGGGCCGGGCGAGCUGCGCAGGCUGGAUGUGGUGCAUAACGUGCGGCUGCAUGCUGGCCACGUGCAGCAGCUGCUGGCCCAGGUGGGCUUCCCCCGGCUCAUCUCGCUCACCCUGCCCGCCAAGGCCUUCGACGUGCCCCCCGCCUGCACCCUCGCCCCUAGUGGUGAGGAUCCCUUCCUCACCUCCAUCGCCUGGGAGCUUAGCCAGAUGACCCAGCUCACAGAGCUGAGCGUGGCCUUCUCCACACUGACUGGGAAGAUCCAGAUACUGCUCGGCCCCCUAAGGACCCCGCUGAGAGUGCUGGACCUGGCCCACUGCUCCCUGAACCACGCAGACAUGGCCUUCUUGGCCAACAGCACCCAUGCCGCCCACCUGGAGGUGCUGGACCUCAGUGGGCACAGCUUGGUCAGCCUGUUCCCCUCCACCUUCUUCAGGCUGCUGGGCCAGGCUGCCCAGACACUGAGGGUCCUCACCCUGGAGGAGUGCAGCAUCGAAGACGGCCAUGUGAGCACGCUGAUCCUAGCCCUGAGCCCAUGCUGCGAGCUCCGCGAGCUCCGGUUCCUGGGGAACCCGCUGUCGGCCCGCGCCCUGAGGCGCCUCUUCGCGGCUCUCGGCGAGCUCCCCAAGCUGCAGUGUGUGGAGUUUCCGGUGCCCAAGGACUGCUUCCCCGAGGGUGCCGCCUACCCCCAGGACGAGCUGGCCAUGUCCAAAUUCGACCAGCAGAAAUAUGACGUGAUUGCCGAGGACCUGCGUGCGGUGCUGCUGCGGGCCGGCCGGGACGACAUCCAGGUCUCCACGCCCCUCUUUGGAAGUUUCGACCCAGACAUUCAAGAAACAAGCGAUGAACUUGGAACUUUCUUGUUGCAAGCUUUCAAAACUGCUCUAGAAAACUUUUCCAGAGCCCUGAAACAAAUAGAGUAG